AUGAGUUUACAAUCCUCGAAAACUACCAUUUCCAAAGAUAACAGAAAUAACAACGACAACAAUAGUAAUAAAGUUAAAGAAAAUAUGAAGGUCCUUACAAUUGAAUUGAGUAAUAUACAUUGCGAAGAGUGUGAGUCAACGGUGAGAAAAGUUGUUGCACAAUUCUACAACGCUAAAGAGGUUGACGAUGUUGCAAGUGUUGAGUUAAACAACGACGAAGAUGUUUGCUUUGAAAUAAACAAUUCCAAAGUGAAACUAUUUGGCAAAAAUCAGAGUAACUUUAAUCAUGGCUUUAAGAAGUUGGUGCGCAAAUUGGAAAAGGCUGGCUUCGGUGUUGCACGAUAUGAAAUUCGUUCAUCAAAUGAAUAUUACUCGGGUUUAUCUAACGAAGUAGAUCAGCACGACCUUGAAGCCGAUUCACCUAGUGCACAUAUUGAUGAGAGUGGUUUCUUUGAUUUUAUGGGGCUAUACCAUAAGUACACCCAAUCGCAAUCGAAGAAACACCACAUGAAAUUUUGUAAAGUUUGUCAAGAAAGUGAACGGCUGCAAAAGGAGUCACAAGCAAAACUGACAAAACAUUCGAUCGAUUCAAAUAAUGAUACAUCCUCACUUGAGACUAAGGUUGACCACCCGCAUCAAGAGUUUAGAGCAGCAUUUGUGGUGAGUGGGAUGACGUGCUCGUCUUGUGUUAAUACCAUUAGCGACAGUUUGAAAAAGCUUUUUGAAACCACCAACAAUAAUGCAACAAAGUCCAACUCAAAGUCAGUAAACAAUGAAUUUGAUGAGUCCAAGUUUAACGUUAAUUUACUUCAAAAAUCCAUAGUUGCCAUCAUUCCUAACAAGCAAUUGAUCAACCAGAUCAUCAAUACAGUGAGUGACCUUGGGUUUGAGUGUAAACUUGUUGAAGUCUUGCCCGUGCAACGUUCUAUCAACACCAAGGUCACAGCAUUGAUUGGUGGCAUGACAUGCGCAGCCUGCGCCAACUCAAUCAAUGCGGCCGUUAAAGAUUUGCCAUUUGUAUUGGAAAGUGGAAUAAAUGUUGUAACCAAGAGUGCCCAGUUUGUGUUGGAAGAUGAUAACGCACACAAAAAUUUAGACAAGCUUCAAGAGGCAGUUGAAGAUUGCGGGUUUGACUUUGAAUUAUUGACAACUGAAAAGAUCAACUAUACAUCCGGAAAACAAAAGCCCAGAACAAUCAACAUCAAAGUCGAUGGGAUGUUCUGUGACCAUUGUCCAGAGAUUAUAACAAAGUAUUUAUUCAAUUACGGUGAUGCUGUGGUCAUCAAUGAUCCAUUAACAUUGAAACACCCAAUCAUCAAGUUUACGUAUGUCCCAAGUGGUGAAGUAACGGUGAGAAAAUUUUUACACGAUCUUAAUCACUUGAAAGAUGGAGGUAAUGGUGAAUACAAAAUCACAGAAGAGAUUGGUUCGUUUACAUGCAAGAUUGUAAAACCGGUAUCCAUUGAUGAACAAGUUCGAAAAUUGGCACAAAGGGAAUUGAUUAAUCUCGCAUUGAGAUUGGUACUAGCAACGGUAUUUGCUAUUCCAACCUUUAUAUUUGGCAUAGUUGCAAUGUCGCUCUUACCCAAGCAACAUCCAUUCAGAAUUUGGGUCGAGGAUCCAAUCUGGGCAGGAAAUGUUUCUCGAGCAACAUGGAUCUUGUUCAUUUUAGCGACCCCGGUGUACUUUUUUGCUGCUGAUACAUUCCAUCGCAAAGCUAUUAAGGAGAUCAAGUCACUAUGGUUUCAUAAAAAUUCAUUUAAGCAAAGGCUAUUCAAGUUUGGGUCAAUGAAUUUGCUCAUGUGUUUGGGAACAACUGUGGCAUACUUUGCAAGUAUAGCCCUUUUGAUCCUUAGUGCUAAGCAAGCACCAGAAACGCAUCACGGGUUCCAUACGACUUACUUUGAUGCUGUGGUAUUCCUUACUUUUUUCUUGUUGAUUGGUAAACUUUUACAAAGCUAUUCAAAAACGAAAACUGCUGAUGCAGUUUCGAAAUUGAGUGACUUGAAACAAACAGAAGCAACUCUUGUUGAGCACAUUGGCGAAAACGGUAACAAGUAUAUCAAUGAUCAACUUGUGGAUUUAGAGUUGUUAGAAAUUGGCGAUUAUAUCAAGAUUGGUCAUGGUGAGUCACCGCCAGUUGAUUGUGUUAUUGUUGAUGGCGAAUCGAACUUUGAUGAAAGCGCUCUUACUGGUGAGUCAGUUCCAGUUAAACACGUCGAGGGCCAUCAAGUCUUUUCCGGAACAGUUAAUGUUGGUAGUACAUCCAUUAUUGGUAAAGUAACCAGUUUAGAAGGUGAUUCUUUGCUAAGUCAAAUAGUCAACACAGUUAGAGAUGGUCAAUUGAGAAAAGCACCGAUGGAAAGGACCGCCGAUUUGAUUACCGGUUAUUUUGUCCCUAUCAUAGUCGCGCUAGCAAUUAUUACAUGGAUUAUCUGGCUUGCACUUGGUCACAGUGGUGCAUUGCCGGAAAGCUAUUUGGAUAUUGAUAUUGGCGGAUGGACAGUUUGGUCGUUGGAUUUUGCAAUUGCUGUUUUUGUAAUUGCAUGUCCAUGUGGUAUUGGGUUAGCUGCUCCUACUGCGUUAUUUGUGGGUUCAGGUUUGGCAGCAAAGUAUGGUAUUUUGGCCAAAGGUGGUGGUGUUGCAUUCCAAGAUGGUGCCAACAUUGGUGUAAUUUGCUUUGACAAAACUGGAACUUUAACUCGCGGAGAAUUGCUGGUGACAAAUUACUCAUUCACAAAGAAAGUAAAGGAUCUUAAAGUUUCCAAGCAAAUUGGCUACCAAUUAGCUCGUGACUUGGAAGUCGCCUCGGCACAUCCACUCGCAAAAGCAGUUAAGGCAUUUGUUGAUGAAACGUGUGCAAAGCAGCUGAUUAAGUUAGUUGGUAACAAAACUCCACAAGUAGAGUCAGUUUCUGGAAAAGGUGUCAAGGGAGAAAUUAUUUGUGAUGAUAUUAGUGGCGAGGAUCAGGGUCAAAAUCACAAUGACGAUGCUGGUGCAAAUUAUUAUGAUGUAUGGACCAAAUACAAACCGGAGCAGGCCAUUUUGGGUAAUGAGAGACUACUUGAAGACCACGGCGUUGUUCUUACUGAUGACCAAAAGUCUUUACUUGUAAGAUGGAAGAGAGAAUGCAAAUCAGUUAUUUUGUUGGGUUUAAAAUGUUCUUCCUUAUUUGAUGAUUCAGAAUUUCAUUUACUCAUGAUGUUGGCAGCACGUGAUGAAAUCCGACCAGAGACCAAGGAAGUUAUAUCUUUUUUGCAAUCACAUAAGAUUGAGACAUGGAUGAUUACAGGUGAUAACCAACUUACCGCUGAGGCUAUUGCUAAAGAGGUUGGAGUUACAAAUGUUGUAAGUGAAGUUCUUCCAGAUGAAAAGGAGCUACAGAUCAAGCGUAUUCGUCAGAUGAAGGACUCUGAGAGUAAAAAACCGUGUGUGAUUGCAAUGGUUGGAGAUGGUAUAAAUGAUGCACCUGCUUUGGCUAGUGCAGAUGUUGGGAUUGCUCUUAGUUCCGGUGCAGAUCUUGCUGUGACUUCGAGUGACUUUAUCCUUCUUAAUAAGCAACAUCCUUUAAUUUGUUUGGUUACAUUAUUAGAUUUGUCUCGUUGUGUUUUUCGUCGUGUUAAGUUUAAUUUCGGGUGGAGUUUGGUAUACAAUACUAUUGGUAUUCCAAUUGCUGCUGGUGUAAUUUACCCUUACAACAAUUCUCGAUUGGAUCCUGUUUGGGCAAGUGCGGCCAUGGCCUUGUCUUCAGUUAGUGUUGUGCUUAGUAGCUUGGCAUUAAAGCUUUACCGCCCAAAAUUGAAUGUAAAUGAUUAUACAGUUGAGACGAAAGAUACCGGAGUCGCUAUCGAAGAAUGA